GCACCCACGUGGCGGUCCUGGCAGUAGCGGCGUUGGCCGGCUCCCGCGGCGGCUUUGGGGUUCCCGGGGGUCCCCGGGAAGGGGUGCACAUUGGCAGAUGUGCAUGAGGAGGUGCCUGGUCGGCCUCACGUUUUGUACCUGCUACCUGGCUUCUUACCUCACGAACAAGUAUGUCCUGUCUGUCUUGAAAUUUACCUACCCUACAUUAUUCCAAGGGUGGCAGACCUUAAUUGGUGGAAUCUUGCUUCAUGCGUCAUGGAAACUGGGCUGGGCGGAAAUCAACAGCAGUUCAAGAUCUGAUGUUUUGACAUGGCUUCCUGCCUCAUUGCUGUUUGUGGGUAUCAUCUAUGCUGGUUCCAGAGCCCUGUCGAGACUGGCCAUUCCCGUGUUUCUCACUUUGCAUAACGUAGCCGAAGUUAUCAUCUGCGGGCACCAGAAGUGUUUUCGGAAAGAGAAAACUUCACCUGCAAAGAUCUGUAGCGCCCUCUUCCUCCUGGCCGCUGCAGGGUGCCUGCCCUUCAAUGACUCUCAGUAUGACCCAGAUGGAUAUUUCUGGGCAGUAAUUCACUUUUUCUGUGUAGGGGCUUAUAAGAUACUACAGAAAUCCCAGAAACCCACCACUUUAAGUGACAUUGACCAGCAGUACUUAAACUAUCUAUUCAGUGUGGUGUUCCUGGCAUUGGCAUCUCACCCCACAGGUGAUCUCCUCAGCGUCCUGGACUUCCCAUUCCUGUCUUUCUACAGAUUCCACGGCAGCUGCUGUGCCAGUGGAUUUUUGGGAUUCUUUCUCAUGUUCAGCACAGUGAAGCUAAAAAGCCUGAUGGCCCCAGGGCAGUGUGCGGCCUGGAUUUUCUGUGCUAAGGUGAUCACGGCUGCUUUAUCGAUAUUGCUGUUUGAUACCAUCCUGACCAGGGGCACUGUGGGAUGCCUCCUGCUGGGUGGACUUGGAGAGGCCUUGCUGGUGUUUUCAGAGCAGAGAGGCUCCUGAACACGGAAGAGGACUCCUCGGCUGCAGCUGGAGGACACAGCCCUGGGCUUCGGAGUGCCCCAUCGGGGCAGUAGAAAGAAGAAAAGCAAGGACGGUGAGGCCCUGCUGCUCACUGCAUCAAGAACUCUUUCUGGGCGUCUCUGGGCUACUGCAGAGACUGGACUGUGUUGAGAGGCUCCCCCAGUCCUGCUGCCCUUGCUGCUCCCAGUUGUGCAGAAACAGAUGCAGGCUUUCGCCAGCCUGGGGAUGGCCCCACCCACCCCGAUUACUGGCCAGGCCUUCGCCCAACAAGCUACCUGGUAGUGAGCCCAAAGGUAUUGUGUUGCAUUUUGGGUUUUGGUUUGGGACUUUAUGUCCUUGGAGACUCCUCUGGGGCCGUCCUUUUCUUGCUGUCAUGCUGGCUUGGCUAGAACCCCCACACUCACCCCCUUAGGGGUACAGAGAGAAUUCCUCAAGGGGGCUUCCACUGGGGGUAGCGGGGGUGGGGGUAAAUGGGCGUAAAUGGGAGUUCUGGGCCAAGUAAGAUGUUGGCAUGGACUGUUUCUCCUGAGUGAGUGCUGGAGCCGUUUUGUGGUUGUGUGUUGGGUCGGAUUGUGCACACCCUUUUUUGCCUACCAUGAGGUUGACUUGGUACUCAUGAUUGCCAGAGGGAAUAGGAUUAGUAAGUUCUGAUGAAUGAAACCGACACAAAUAUGUAAACAUACACAUAUGUACAGUCAUAAUCCACUCAAUCCCCUGCUGUCUCAGAGGAGGUUUCAAAUCAUGGAACACUGAAAUAUGUUUUUUCAGGCCAGAUUAAAAAUUGGAUCAAAACUCUACACUUCGCCUUGAUGGGAGUCAAGAGAAAUGAAUUGGCACGAAAUGGUCAUUUGUUCUGAACCCGCAGUGGAGGUUUAAGAAAAGAAUGUUUAGCUCCAAAUGGCCCUGCUUAUAAUAAGUUUUCUGAAUACCUUACUACUCUGCAGGUGUCGGUUUUGGUCAUUUUGAGACGUAGAAGGUAAUGAGGUCCAAGGAGUCUUGUGCAGGGAGGCCCCAGGCCCCACCAUGUUGGACACCCGUAUGGGUGAUGAAGGACCUUCUCCAGCAUCUGGGGAACAAGGCUUGUCCAUUCUCAGCCCUCUGAAGACAAGGUCAGCUCAGUCAGGCCAUUCUUCCUGCAGGUUUUCUCAAGUUGUUGAAAAAAGAAGCAGAAAAUGAAUGGAUCCGUAUAUUUGGACUUUGAGUAUCUUAAAUUCAUUUCCUUGUCUUUUCCUGGUCUCUCCUUGUCAUUUAAGGUAAAAAUGUUCAGAAUGACCUUUCUACAUAUCACUUUGCUUUUUUCCCUAGUCUGAGAUGUCUCACGUUCUCCUGAGGAUCAAACAGAAAAUCUGGGUUUAAAAUUUUCCUUGUUCUUUUGUUCCCACAAAACCCUGUCUGUACAACUGAGACCAGUUCUCUGUUUACGGAAAGUGGCAUCUGUUCAAAUGUCAUGUUAUGUAUCUUUUCCGAACAUCAUUGAGCAACUGGAGGUUCCUAAGACUGGAAAGAGCCAUGCGCCAUUAACAAGCCCCAUCCCCUGUUCCAGCAGGACUGACCUCUAAACUUUUGCUGUAAAGUUGUAGACCUUUUUUUUUAGGGGCCACACCUGUAGCAUAUGCAGGUUCCCAGGCGAGGGGGCGAUUCUGAGCUGCAGCUGCCGACCUACAUCUGAGCUGUGUCUGUGACCUACACGUCAGAUCCUUAACCUACUGAACAAGGCCAGGGAUCAACCUGCAUCCUCAUGGAUACUGGUCGGGUUUUUAACCCACUGAGCCACACCGAGAACUCCUAGACUUAUUUUUUUAAAGAGUCUCUAGCAAGAAUUUUUUGUUUGUGUUUGUGUGGGUUUUAAAAACUGUGCCCCAGAAUCCCAUUGUUUUAAAAAUCUCAGAUCAUUUCUUAAUUUGACACCAGCAGGAGGCAGAGGAUAAGGUGUUUCUUCAGUACUCCUCCUGUUUCCUUCAGCUUCCACUUCUCCUUGGGCUUUUUUCCUUCAGGCUUUAACCACCCCCUCUUAUGCCCAUAUUCACAUGCUCAGCCCUGAAUGCAGAAGGUGCCCAGAGGUCUGUAAAUCAAGGCGCUGAUCCAGAUGGCUGCAGUCUCUUUAGCUCUUGUUUUCUAUGGCUCUCUGGGCCCCCAGCCCCCGGGAGGGGCAUCCCUGGGUAACCCCAGCACUCCCUUUUUACCUGAAAAGAUGUAUUUGGUCAUGUCCUGUCUGGGUCAUGUGCUUGCUGGCCACAGGUCAAGGCCAGGGUGUUUCGUUUUUAAAAUUUGUCCAAAUAAAGAAUAUGCUUUGGAGUUCCCAUCGUGGCACAGUGGUUAACGAAUCUGACUAGGAACCGUGAGGAUGCAGGUUCGAUCCCUGGCCUUGCUUGGUGGGUUAAGGAUCCGGCGUUGCCAUGAGCUGUGGUGUAGGUCACAGAUUCGGCCUGGAUCCUGUGUUGCUGUGGCUCUGGUGUAGGCCGGCUGCAUGGCUGCGAUUAGACCCCUAGCCUGGGAACCUCCGUAUGCCGCUGGUGCGGCCCUAGAAAAGGCAAAAAGUAAAAAAAAAAAAAAAAAAAAAAAGAAUAUGCUUUCUGUCAAGAGAGGCAAGGUUCUGUGUGAUUGUGUAUCAUUACUAAUAUGCUAUGGAUAUGAGGGAAAAAUAAAGCAUUUAUUUUCUUGGUAA